UCUCUGCAAGUCUUCUUAGACCAUAAAAAGUUAAAAUGUAACGUUGAUGUACAUAAAACGAAUGAACCUGCCGUAACCGAGGGUUCAUCAUGUGAAAAUGUUACAAAAUUAUCACACAAUGCUGAAUCACAUCUGUCAGCUUCCGAGAACCUUGGAAUACCCUCAGAAAUAGGUUCCCAUGAAUGCAGUUUCUGUAAAAGAAAAUUUCCCAAUAAUAAGUCAUUACUGGCCCAUCUUAAGACUCAUAGUGAUAGAUCUUAUCAAUGCCCCAUCUGUGGCCGAUGUUUUCUCCAAAAUUCCCAUUUACAAAGGCAUAUAAACUCUCACAAAAUUUGGCCUGAUGGUCUGACCGAGACAACUCCAAAAUCUGCAGAAUCUGAGCUCCUAAGCUACUGUUGUGCUUAUUGUGGUGUAACAUUACCAAAUAACAGUCAGUUCAGACUUCAUUUAAAAAAGCAUGUGGGUCAUAAAAAGUUUAAAUGUAUUCAGAGUCAUUGCACUGAGUUAUUUAUUAACAUUGAUGAUCUGCUCGAACAUGUCUCUAGUAGCCAUGAAACAACUGUUUACAUAUGUCAUGUGUGCAACCAAGUAUUUAAUACUCUUGAGGACAUAGCUACACAUCAUAAAACUCAUGUGAUCCCUGAAAAAGCAGUGAAAAAUACAGUUAUUGUAAAGCAUAAGUGUGCACAGUGUGAUGCAGUCUUUAAAAAUCCAGAAAAACUAUCUUUGCACCUGCUGACAGAAAACCACAAGAAAGUUUGUAUCCAUUGUAAUAGUACUUUCGCUAGUGAUAAAAGAUUAAGGUUACACUUGCAGACUCAUAGGAAAAACAAACCAUUCCAGUGCGACACAUGUGGCAGUAGUUUUCACAUGAAGAAAUAUUUGACAUCACACAUGUUAAAGCAUGGAGCUAAACAGUUUUCAUGCUCUAUAUGUAAUAAUAAGUUUGCUAGGAAAGAUCUGCUUCAACGGCACAUGAAAUCACAUCAGGCAAAGAAACAUUUCAAGUGCCCUUUUCGAGAUACUUUGGACUGCAAGAAAGAGUUCACUCGGAGUGACAAGCUUAAAUCUCAUGUGAAGUUUCAUACAAGGCGCAUGGUGGUUCCCACCAGCAGCACCCCUCAACAACCGGUGUAUGAAAAUGCAACCACAGUGGAAAUAUGUAUAGUUCCUUGGGAUGGCAGCAUUAUCACAAAUUAGGAAUUUAAAUUUGUAUCCAAUUACCUAAACUGUGUAUACAAUUUUUAUGUGGAUUGCACAAUGAUUUCAGCAAUGUAAUACAUAACUCCAAGUAUGGCUUCCUUAUAGGUGUAUGACACGCCAAUUUCGAGUCACUGACCAGGUGUACAUGGAUAUACAGGAUGAGACUAAGCCCUUAGGAAGGGUAGUAAUUGGAUUAUUUGGUGACUUGGCUCCUAAAGCUGUGAAGAACUUCAAAGUUCUGGCUACUAAAGGAAUUAAGGGAAAAUCAUACAAAGGGACCUCAUUCAACCGAAUUAUUAAACGGUUUAUGGUUCAAGGAGGUGAUGUAGUGUCUGAUGAUGGUUCAGGUUCCAUUAGCAUAUACGGCGAGACUUUCAAAGAUGAGAACUUGGAUACUCAACAUACCAUGGCUGGCUUUGUUUCUAUGGCCAAUAGAGGAAAGGAUACAAAUGGAUGUCAGUUUAUAAUAACAACAACUGGAACACCUUGGCUGGAUAAUAUACACACUGUGGUGGGGAGGGUGAUCGAAGGGCAGAACAUCGUGCACCUGCUGGAGCACACGCCAACAGACGUGGACGACCGGCCCCUGAGGAGAGUGUACAUCGCAGACUGCGGGCUGCUGCCCACGCCGCAGCCUUUCUACAUCUCCGACGACCCUUACGAUCUAUGGGCGUGGAUCCGGGCUUCAGCGGUCCCACUGACAAUGUCUUUCUCCAUCCUGGGCUUCUUCCACUGGAUGAUAAGGAAAAUGGAGAUAUAACUAUGUUAGUACCUACACCUUACUUAAUAUGCAUACUUUAAAGAGACAGGGAAAAGGUUGCUAAUAGAGACUACCCU